AUGUUAUCAAGAACUUUAUUCAGAACCCCUGCCAUAAGUAGAACUUUAUUGAGUAGCUCAAAAUGUAUGAUGGUGAGAGCACCAAGACUUUGCUUGACGCAAAUGAAUCCACAACAGAUAAGGAAAUACUCUGCCAUGGAGGAUGAGGAAACUUUCGAGGAAUUUACCGCCAGAUACGAAAAGGAAUUCGACGAAGCAUACGAUUUAUUUGAAGUUCAAAGAGUCUUGAACAAUUGUUUCUCCUACGAUUUGGUUCCUGCACCAGCUGUUAUUGAAAAGGCCUUAAGAGCUGCCAGAAGAGUAAAUGACUUACCAACAGCUAUUAGAGUUUUUGAAGCUUUGAAGUUCAAGGUGGAAACUGAUGAACAAUACAAUGCUUAUUUGGAUGAAUUAAAAGAUGUUAGAAAGGAAUUAGGUGUCCCAUUGAAGGAAGAGUUGUUUACAGCAGGAAACGAUCAAGGUACACAUGCCUUUUAA